CAGGCAUGAUUUACCAACCGACUCUGGAAACUCCUGUCUGUGUUUGCCCAACGCGUGGCCGGCAGUCCAAUUAAGAAAGUGGAAGCGCCAAAGGGGGCGGUCACGGGGCGGAUUGGGUUGUGGUGAUUCCCGAGGAUUGUGCGCUGGAAGCCGAGGCGUCUGCGGGCAUCCGCACGAUGCCGUGACGCGGCAGCGCAGCCGGGUGGACACCGCGAGCACAGCCCGGCGGGUGGAGUCCUUCGGUCCCGGAGGCGGCGUGGCGUGAAGGCAAAUUGUUGUUUGGGAGCUGUUCUCUCGGAAGUCUUCGGAGGGUGGGGGAGGGGCGGCGGACGACGAGCGGGCCUCGGGUGCGCAGGCGCCGGCCCCUUUUGCCGACGGGGCCCGCCCGCACGCGCAUGCUCAGAGUGCGCGGGGGGUCUCGUGGCCGCCAGCACUGCGCAGGCGCGUCGAGAAGCCCGCUAAGGAGCGGCGCUGUCGGAGGUCGGGCGGGCAGGCGGUGACGUCGUGAGGAGAGCUUUAAAGUGCGGGCCGGGCCGGGCGUCUGAGGGUCUGACCCAGAGUCUGGCCGGGUCUUCGCGGAACCCCUCUACGGCAUGAGGCGCUGCCGGCGCCCUUGCUUCUCGGGACGUGGAGAAGGUGGAGGAGGAAGCAGCCUCGCUGUCGCUUGUGCUGCAUGACCUGCCGCUGCUGAGGCUCGACCCGUUCCUGGCCCUUCUACGCCCCCCGCUGGUUCCUUGGGCCACGCAUGGCGGCCCGGCACUGAGGACCCCCGCUUCCCUCUCGGGCCCCCCGGGUGCGUCCCUCCAGAGCCAUGCCGGGCCGCCCCGGAGGAUCCUAGAGUUGAGUUGGCGGGGGCCAUGGCGGCCGCCAGCGGCUACACGGACCUGCGUGAGAAGCUGAAGUCCAUGACGUCCCGGGACAACUACAAGGCUGGCAGCCGGGAAGCCGCCGCGGCGGCAGCCGCUGCUGUGGCCGCCGCCGCGGCUGCCGCGGCCGCAGCAGAACCUUACCCGGUGUCCGGGACCACCAAACGGAAGUACCAGGAGGACUCGGACCCAGAACGCAGCGACUACGAGGAGCAGCAAUUGCAGAAGGAGGAGGAGGCGCGCAAGGUGAAGAGCGGAAUCCGGCAGAUACGCCUCUUCAGCCAGGAUGAGUGCUCCAAGAUCGAGGCCCGCAUCGACGAGGUGGUGUCCCGCGCCGAGAAGGGGCUUUACAACGAGCACACCGUGGACCGGGCCCCCUUGCGCAACAAGUACUUCUUCGGCGAGGGCUACACGUACGGCGCCCAGCUGCAAAAGCGCGGGCCAGGCCAGGAGCGCCUCUACCCGCCGGGCGACGUCGAUGAGAUCCCCGAAUGGGUGCAUCAGCUGGUGAUCCAGAAGCUGGUGGAGCACCGCGUCAUCCCUGAGGGCUUCGUCAACAGCGCAGUCAUCAACGACUACCAGCCUGGCGGCUGCAUCGUAUCUCACGUAGACCCCAUCCACAUCUUCGAGCGCCCGAUCGUGUCUGUGUCUUUCUUUAGCGACUCGGCACUUUGCUUCGGCUGCAAGUUCCAGUUCAAGCCCAUCCGGGUGUCGGAACCUGUGCUUUCUCUGCCGGUGCGCAGGGGGAGCGUGACUGUGCUCAGUGGGUAUGCUGCUGAUGAAAUCACUCACUGCAUACGGCCUCAGGACAUUAAAGAACGCCGAGCGGUCAUCAUUCUCAGGAAGACAAGAUUAGAUGCACCGCGUUUGGAAACAAAAUCCCUGAGCAGCUCCACAUUGCCACCCAACUAUGCUUCAGAUCGCCUGUCAGGAAACAGCAGAGACCCUGCGCUGAAACCCAAAAGGUCCCACCGCAAGGCAGACCCUGAUGCUGCCCACAGACCCCGGAUCCUGGAGAUGGACAAAGAAGAAAACCGGCGGUCUGUGCUUCUGCCCACACACCGGCGGAGGGGUAGCUUUGGCUCUGAGAACUAUUGGCGCAAGUCCUAUGAGUCCUCGGAAGACUGCCCAGAGGCAGCAGGCAGCCCCACCCGCAAGGUGAAGAUGCGGAGACACUGAGGCCCUGUGCCCGCCUGGACUCUGGCUGACCCUGCUGUAGCUGCCCCACCCAUCUUCUGUUUGUUUGAGUGUUUUUUUCUCUGUUGUUUGUUAUUUUGGUCCUAUAUAUGUUUUCCUUGCUUGGUUGCCUAUUAAGGCUAAAGAACAGAAUUGGCGAAAGACCUGGGUUCUUAUGUUCUUGGCUUUCCUCCUUGACGGAAAAGGCUGUUAGCUUCUGUAGGGGAACACUCUUACCAGAGUAGCCAGUCGAGACAGUGGGGACAGCUGUCUUCAAGUGGAAAUGUGUCAGGCUAGGUUUAUUUAAACACACAAAGUGUUUUGGUUAAGGAAUUUUUGUUUGGGCUUUAAAUGUAAAUCUUUGCAGUGUUUUAAACAAAGGCGAUUCUUUUGCCAGCCCUUUUUUUCCACUGAUGCUCAUGCUUGGAUGAGGUCUCUUGGAGCCAUACAGGUCCUGCAUUGGGCCUGCUGCCCCUACAUUUCACCUGCUGUUCAGGCUCUGGAAGCUCAUGCAAAUACCUGUUCCCCACUGUUCAGGUUGGCUGGGUGUGGGGCUUAAACAGUGCCAGCCCCCUGCUGUCCCAUUUCUGAGUCCCCAGGCUUCCUGCAUGCCCUCUAGCUUGCUCUGCCCACCGAUCUUGGGUGGUCAAGAGACUAGCACAGUGGUCCUGACCUCUUGCCAAGAGCAUGCCCAUUUACUGGGUUGCUCCUUUAGGCAUGUGUGUGUGGUUGUAUGGAACAGUUAGACUUGCUGCAGUGGGUUAUUUGUAGGAAUUGUUUCUAGCUAGAGGAACUGGUUGACUUCCAGUCUAGCAUUUGGGUUAUGGGAACUUGGGGUGUGUGGUAGGGCUUUGUUUCUUUUGUUCUGAGGUGUUUCCCCUCCCAUUAGUCUCUUGGCUUUCUUCUUUUUUCCUCAGUUGGCCAUCUUGGUUCUCCUCCCCCCCCCCCCCCAUAUCAUCUAUCUAAGAAGGUGUUUCCAUCCUCUCUUGUCCACCUAUAGCUUAUAUCCAAGGCCAGAAGUCAGACCUGCAUAUUGGGUUGGUACUUUCUCUGCCUCAGGGACAUGGGUGCUGGGGAAGAAACUUCUAAAAAUAAUAGAAAGUUAAAGUCUUUGACAGUUUCUGCCUGCUUAGAUCCUGGAAAGCUGUGGGGCUUUGCUGAUCCAGGUUCAUUAGGAAUGUCUUUGGCAGCCAGACAAGGACUGGGCCUGCCAAAAACAGAGGCCUUCUGAACAGCGAUGCCACCACCACUCCAGAGGUACACAGAGGCUUGACCUCAGGCCUCAGUGACUUUAGAGAUAUGGGGAGCAGCCAUCCAUCAGGAAAUCCCUCUUUGAGGUCAGAAAUCCUUUUUGCCAAUGUGGAGCCAGCCCUCAAGUUGAGACUGCGUAACUAAAGCAGUUGCAGGUCUUCUGUGGUUUUGGGGUGUUUUUGUUUUGUUUUGUUUGUUUUUUUACUGCUCUUUUCCCAAAAAAAUGAUUUGUAGUUGUGUGUGCAGCACUUUGCCCUAAUAUGUGUGUGCUCUACAAUAAAAAACAAAUCUAAUAUAUUUUGAAACAAUUGUCUGAUGCUGUGAUAAGAGAAAGCCUGACCUUGGUUUGUCCCAAAUUUAUUACCUACCAGUGCUCUGAAGACAGCGGCCACUGACACUGGCCCUCUUGAUUGAUGGCUAAAGGUGGACUUGCCUUUGCCCACUACCCUCUCCCCUUCAAGGAGGAUGGCCUUCAUAAACCAUAGUGACCAGGGACACACGUUGAAUUCUAGAAACUACACCCUCUCCCUGGCCCAGUAGAGUCUGCAGGCCAGCGCAAAUACCACAAAUGGAGCUGGGGCGGGGAGAGGGGAGCUCUGGUAGUGGACAUGGCAGUUCUUGUACUCAGUAGCCGAGUUCUUGAGCUCCCUGGCUAGAACCUUGGUAGACAAAGCGGAUAGGAUAGGAUGAGGCUGGGCCUCAGUGGACUAUUGGGAUCUCUAAUGAUAUGGGUCCCAGGGUGUUGCUAACCAUUUCUGUUCACCCAGCUCUGCUCCAGUGAUCUCAGCCAGUUUGGUCAGAUUGUCACUGGAAUCUUGGUCAAGCCAUUUCAUUGCCCAUAGAAUGACUGGCCAGUACAAUUUGAAGGACAGUGCUAGGUCAAGAAGGGCCAGGGCCUCUGCAAUCUGUGCAGUGGACUGGGAUGAUAAUGGAACUGAGACGAAAGCACCAAGUGUCAUCCCAACCAUGAUGUUGCAGGAGUGGUGGUCCCACUCCAUGAUUGGGGACUGAAGAGCAAGGGGUAGAAGAGACUUGACCCAGUGAUCGCCUAGGUUUAAGUCUCUACUGGGAUCAUGCCCCCAUCUCUCUGAAGUCAGAGUCCCACACCUGAUUCCCUGAAUUUUGCCUGUUUCAGCCAUGGCACUGGGCCAAGAGCUUUGUUCCGUCAGCCCCUGGUAGAUAGUACCAGCCCUCCUGGUAGAGAGUAGUUGCUCCAACAAUAACUGGUACCAACCCUACCCACCUAGGAGCUCAUCCAAUUCCUCUAGCCCUGUUGUAUGGAGGAAGAAACAGGUCCAGAGAGUUCAGAAAAAUAAAGUAUCUUAUAACCCAGGCUUAGUGCAGGAGAGAAACUUGUAUAUGACAUGCUCAUGUGCGCAUAAGGUGUUCUAUGAUGUAUAGAUAGGAUGGCGGUAGAGCCCAUUAAGUGUAAAUAACAUGUACAAUGUGUUUGUAAAUCUGUAUAGCUAGUUGUUGCCCACAGAACACUUUGAUUGGUAUUUUGUUGAAGUGUGGGGUUCAUCAUCUACCUGUGGUUGUAAUUCGAAUACCAUGUGAAGGAGAUGCAUUUUAUCAGUUUGUCUUAGUUUUCUGUGGCUUCCAAAACAUUGUUUCAAACUUGAGAGCUUAAAGCAACAGAAUUGGCUGGGUAUGGUGGUAUGUGCCCGUAAUUCCAGAAGAGGCUGAGGCAGAAGGAUCAAAAGUUCAAUGCCAGCCUGGGCUAAUAAAGCAAGAUCUUGUCUCUAAAAGCGAAGUGGUCAAGCAUGGUGCUUGUCCAUAAUCCCAGCAGAAGCCAUAGGAAGAAUAUUGGAAGGUUGUGGCCAGUCUGGUCUACAUAGGGAGCUUGAGGACAGCCAAGACUACAUAGUGAGACCCUGUCUGUUUCAAAACAACAACAAACUGGUUCAUGCUCCUCCUGAGGCUCUGGUGGGAAGCCUGUUCUUGCACUUGCAGCUUGGGAUGGCUCUAACCAGUCUAGAUGCAAGUACUUUUUAGGUCCAUAGUCACAUGGCCUAUUUUGUAUGCUAUAUUCUCCUCAGUGCCUCUCUGCCCCCCAGCGUGCGUGCGUGCGUGCGUGCGUGUAUGUAUGUGUGUGUGUGUGUGUGUGUGUGUGUGUGUGUGUGUGUGUAGAUAGGUUCUCACUCUAGCCCAGUCCACCCUUGAACUGGCAAUCUUGCCACCACACCCAACUUUUUCUGUCUCUGUCUUACUUGGGUAUUCGUAAUUAGAUACAGGAACAGCUACAUGGCCCCACUUCCUUUUUGUGGCAGUGCCAGGGAUGGGACCCAGUGCCUCUCCAGUGCUAGGCAAGGACUCUACCACUGAUCCACACCUAACCUCAACUCCUUAUAAAAGUAAGUGUAUGCCUGCAGGAGCUAGGACCUGAGAUCCUUGGGGGCCACUGUGCAGCUUAUCACACUGCUGUUUCUUCAAACAUUGUUACAGGAUCUGUGACCUAUUAAUUCCUCAAAGAAAUUGUAUCAAUUGGAUUGAAAUUUCUCAGCCUCAGCACUAUUUUUAAAUUUAAUCUGGAUCUUAGUAUUUACUCCAUUGCUUGCUUGCAUUUUUUUUUCUUUAGUGCUGGCCAUCAAACUAGGACCUUGUGAGUUCUAGGCCUUGUAAAUGUUAGCUCUGCCCCCAGCAGCUCACUGGUUUCUUAAGUUUAGACCUAUGCUGUCCAAUCUGGAACCACUGGACUCUGCCUUUUGAGCACUUGAAAUGUGGCUAGUUUCAAUUGAGAUAUGCUUUAUACACACCAGAAUUUGAAGUUAGUAUGAAAAAAGAAUGUAAAAUAUAUAAUUGAUAACUUUAUAUUGAUUACAUGUUGAAAUACUAUUUUGGACAUACUGAGUUAAAUAAAAUACAUUAUUUAAAUUAA